AUGGCAGAACGUUACCAAACGCUGAUAUUUAACGAACGCUCCUAUUUGAGCGGGAAGCCCCCAGUUAAGGACAUGUUCACAGAUCUGAAAGAUGGAAGGAAGCUUCUGGACCUUUUGGAGGGUCUGACAGGGAAUCCUCUGCCUAAAGAACGAGGUUCCACACGAGUACAUGCCUUAAAUAAUGUCAACCGAGUACUGCAAGUCUUGCAUCAGAACAAUGUGGAGUUGGUGAAUAUUGGAGGGACUGACAUCGUUGAUGGAAAUCACAAGCUGACGCUGGGGCUGCUGUGGAGCAUUAUCUUGCACUGGCAGGUGAAGGAUGUCAUGAAGAACAUCAUGUCAGAUUUGCAGCAGACCAACAGUGAGAAGAUCCUGCUGAGCUGGGUUCGACAGUCCACAAGACCUUACAGUCAGGUCAAUGUUCUUAACUUCACCACAAGCUGGGCAGAUGGACUCGCCUUUAAUGCUGUCAUCCACCGACACAAACCUGAGCUUUUCAGCUGGGAUAAAGUUUUAAAGAUGUCCCCAGUUGAGAGACUAGAACAUGCUUUCAGCAUAGCCAAGAACCACUUGGGAAUUGAGAAACUGUUGGAUCCUGAAGAUGUUGCUGUACAGCUUCCAGACAAGAAGUCUAUUAUUAUGUAUUUAACCUCUUUGUUUGAGGUGCUUCCUAAGCAAGUCACUAUGGAAGACAUCCGGGAGGUGGAGACCCUUCCAAGGAGAUACAAACAGGAAUGUGAGGAUGGAGAGUUCAACAUGCAGCAGGCUGUAGCACUUGAAGAGGAGCAAGGCGGUUCUAGAGCAGAGACUCCCAGCACGGUGACAGAGGUGGAUAUGGACUUGGAUAGCUACCAAGUUGCGCUGGAAGAAGUUCUUACAUGGUUGCUGUCAGCUGAGGAUGCAUUUCGGGAACAGGAGGAAAUAUCUGGUGAUGUUGAGGAGGUCAAAGAGCAAUUUUCCACCCAUGAAGCUUUUAUGAUGGAACUGACUGCGCACCAGAGCAGCGUGGGCAGCGUUCUGCAGGCUGGAAACCAGCUGGUGGCCCAGGGAAAUCUGUCACCUGAAGAGGAGUUUGAGAUCCAGGAGCAAAUGCUGCUGCUGAACUCCCGCUGGGAGGAGCUCAGGGUGGAGAGCAUGGACAGGCAGUCCCGCCUGCAUGACGUGCUGAUGGAGCUUCAGAAGCAGCAGUUGCAGCAGCUGUCCGACUGGCUGACGGUCACAGAAGAACGCAUUCAGAAGAUGGAAUCUCAGCUCUCAGCGGAAGAUUUGGAGUCCCUUCAAAACCAGCUGGAAGAACAUAAAAGCCUGCAGAGUGACUUAGAGACAGAACAGGUGAAGGUGAACUCCCUAACACACAUGGUCGUCAUUGUUGAUGAAAGCAGUGGGGAAAGUGCAACAGCUAUUCUGGAGGAACAACUGCAGAGGCUUGGCGAGCGGUGGACAGCAGUUUGUCGUUGGACUGAGGAGCGACGGCUCAAGUUGCAAGAAAUUCAGCUUUUAUGGCAGGAGCUGCUAGAAGAGCAGUGCUUAUUGAAAGCUUGGUUAACUGAGAAAGAAGAGGCUUUGAAUAAGGUCCAGACAAGCAACUUCAAAGAUCAAACAGACCUGAGUGUGAAUGUUCGAAAACUGGCAAUUUUGAAAGAGGACAUGGGUAUGAAACGACAAACGCUAGACCAGCUGAAUGAGCUAGGUCAGGAUGUGGCCCAGAUCCUUGGGAAUGGCAAAGCAUCCAGUAAAAUUGAUCAGGAUCAAGAAGAACUAACUCAGAGGUGGGACAGUUUGGUUCAGAAGCUAGAGGAUUACUCUAACCAGGUAACUCAAGCUGUAGGAAGCGUAGGGAUGUCACAGGUUUCACAGAAGAUUGCUGCAGAAACAGUGCCAUUGAAAGAACAGGUAGCGGUUAAACAAUGCAGACAGGAGUUGCCCCCACCACCACCUCCAAAGAAAAGGCAAAUCCCAGGGGACAGUGAAGCGAAGAAAAAGUUUGAGGCUGAAAGUGCUGAGCUCUUGAACUGGAUUUCAAAAUCAAAAUCUGCCAUUCAGGCCACAGACAUCAAAGAGUACAAGAAGACGAGAGAAACUUCAAACAUGAAAGAAAAGUUGAAGGUGAUUGAAAAAGAAAGGGUUGAAAAAAGCCAAAAGUUAGAUGAACUGAAACAUAGUGGACAUAUUCUUUUGGAUCAAAUGGGAAAGGAGGGACUUUCUGCAGUGGAUAUAAAAAGUGUGAUGGAGAAAAUACUGUCGGGGUGGAAAGAUGUAGUUCAACAUCUGGACGAAGUGGCCAGAAAGAUAAAGUACCAGGAAGAUAUAAAUGCUUAUUUUAAGGAAAUGAGUGAGCUUGAGAAGACUGUGAUUGAGAAGGAUGGCUGGCUUAAAAAUGAUGCUUCUUCACCAUCCCAGCCCUCAGCAGUCCUGAAAGACUUAUGUCAGCAGGAGUUAACUCAUCUUGUAAGCCUCAGUCCACGGUUGGAACACCUGAAAGCCACCUGCAAGGCACUCACCUCUCAGCCCAUGCCUCCAAACUUCAUUCAGGAGAGCUUGAACGGUUUUAUUGAUCACUUCAAGUUGACUCAUCAGAAACUAGAGGAACGUCACCAGCAGUUGAAGAAAGAGACGGAGAGGCAGCCAAGCCAGGCCUACGUGGACUCCCUGCAGCGGCUGAAGGACACGCUGAGCGAGCUGGAGUGCAAGCAGCAGUCCAUCGCCAGUGGGCUGAGCGACCCCAGUAAGGCUGAGAAGGCCCUGCAGCAGGCAAAGACAGUUUGUGAGACCCUGGAAGCCCAGAAGCCCAGGGUAGAUAAACUUGCUGAAGAGACAAAGACUUUGGAGAAACAUGCUUCUUCAGAAAUAAAAAAGGUCUACAUGCAAGAGUUCAAGCAUGUGCAGGGACACUGGGACAAGUUAAAGCUCAAGAUUUCCAAAGAUGUUAAACUACUGGAGGAAAUUACAUCCAAGUUGAGAAUAUUUGAGGCUGAUUCAAAAGUUGUUCAGAAGUGGAUGGAUGGUGUGAAGGACUUCUUAAUGGCAGAAAAGGCUCUUCAAGGAGAUACUGAAGGACUUCAAAGACAACUUGACCAGUGCACAAUGUUUGUCAAUGAAAUGGAAACAAUUGAACCAUCACUGAAAGAGAUGAAAGAAGUAGAGUCUGCUUUAAGAGCUCAGCCUAUUGCAAGCGUAAAUACUUGGGCAAAGUCUAGGCUAGUAGACUGCCAGACUCAGUGGGAGAAACUGAGCAAGCAGAUCAUUAGUCAGAAAAAUCGCCUGUCUGAAAGUCAGGAAAAGGCUGUAAAUCUGAAGAAAGAUUUGGCAGAGAUGCAGGAAUGGAUGACCCAAGCUGAAGAAGAAUAUUUGGAGAAAGAUUUUGAAUACAAGUCCCCUGAAGAGCUAGAGAAUGCGGUGGAGGAAAUGAAGAGGGCGAAGGAGGAUGUGUUGCAGAAAGAGGUGCGGGUGAAGAUUCUCAGAGACAACAUCAAGAUGUUAGCCGCCAAAGUGCCGUCUAGUGGUCAGGACCUGGCGACUGAACUGAACAUUGUGCUGGAGAACUACCAGCUACUGUGCAAUCGGAUCCGGGGGAAAUGCCACACUUUGGAAGAGGUGUGGUCCUGCUGGAUUGAGCUGCUUCAUUAUCUUGAUUUAGAAACAGCUUGGCUAAACAAUCUGGAAGAAAGGGUGCAAAUGACAGAAAAUCUGCCUGAUAAGUUGGAUGCUGUCAAUGAUGCUCUUGAGUCCCUGGAAUCAGUCCUGCGUCAUCCAGCUGAUAAUCGAACACAGAUUCGGGAACUUGGACAGACACUGAUUGAUGGAGGGAUUCUUGAUGAUAUCAUCAGUGAAAAAUUGGAGGCUUUCAAUGCCCACUAUGAGGAAUUGAGUCACUUGGCAGUGAGCCGGCAGAUCGCCUUGGAACAGCAGCUUCAAACCAUGAGAGAAACCGACCACAUGUUGCAGGUCUUGCAGGAAAACUUAGUGGAGCUGGAUAGACAGCUGACAUCUUACCUGACUGAUAGGGUAGAUGCCUUUCAGAUGCCUCAGGAGGCCCAGAAAAUUCAAUCUGAAAUUGCAGCUCAUGAAUCCACCUUAGAGGAGCUCAAGAAAAGUGCUCGCGCUUUCCCUCCUGCUUCUCCUGAAUGCAGAUCUCCCCGUGGUGGAAGUCAGCUGGAUGCUUUGCAGAGAAAACUCCGUGAAGUAUCUACAAAGUAUCAGCUUUUCCAGAAACCAGCCAAUUUUGAGCAGCGCAUGUUGGAUUGCAAGCGGGUGUUGGAUGGCGUAAAAGCGGAACUUCAUGUCUUGGAUGUGAAGGAUACUGAUCCAGAUGUAAUCCAAGCUCAUUUGGACAGGUGCAUGAAACUCUAUAAAACCCUCAGUGAGGUGAAAUUGGAGGUUGAAACCGUCAUCAAAACAGGAAGGCAAAUUGUACAGAAACAACAGACAGAUAAUCCCAAAGGGAUGGAUGAACAACUGACGGCACUGAAAUUUCUUUACAAUGACUUGGGGGCACAGGUGACAGAAGGAAAACAAGACCUUGAAAGAGCAUCCCAGCUGGCACGCAAAAUGAGGAAAGAGGCUGCCUCUUUGUCAGAGUGGCUAUCUACCACUGAAGCUGAGCUUGUGCAGAAGUCCACUUCAGAGAGCUUGCUUUCUGAUCUAGAUUCAGAAAUUGCCUGGGCCAAAAAUGUGCUACGAGAGCUGGAAAGGAGGAAAGCCGAUCUGAAGAGUAUCACUGAAAGCUGCACUGCGCUCCAGGCUCUGGUGGAAGGGAGUGAGACUUCCCUGGAUGAGAAGCUGUGUGUCCUUAAUGCUGGCUGGAGCAGAGUUCGGACCUGGACCGAGGACUGGUGUGACACCUUGUUGAAUCAUCAGAGCCAGCUGGAGAUUUUUGACGAAAAUGUUGCCCACAUAAGUACUUGGUUGUAUCAGGCUGAGGCCUUGCUGGAUGAAAUUGAGAAAAAAUCAGCAAGCAAAAAAGAGGAAACUGUGAAGCGCUUAACAUCUGAAUUAGAUGAUGUUAGUCUUCGAGUGGAUAAUGUGCGUGAUCAGGCUAUCAUCCUAAUGAAUGGUCGGGGGGUGUCAUGCCGUGAACUUGUUGAACCCAAACUGGCAGAACUGAACCGUAACUUUGAGAAGGUCUCUCAGCACAUCAAAAGUGCCAAGUUGCUUGUUGGACAAGAACGACUUCCUGUCAUGUCAGAGCCCCAUGAAGUUAGAGUGGCUUUUCCAGAUCUGGAAAAAUUUGACUGUGACAUACAGAAUAUGUUAAAAGUUGUGGAAAAGCAUCUGGAGCUGAGUGGGGAAGAUGAAAAGCUGGAUCAAGAAAGAGCUCAGAUUGAAGAAGUUUUACAGAGAGGAGGGCAGUUGUUACAGCAGCCUAUGGAGGACCAUAAGAGAGAGAAGAUCCGCAUACAGCUGUUACUUCUGCAAAAGAAGUACAACAGUGUUCAGGAGUGCAGGUCAUUUCAAAGGAGGCAGGUGGUGGAAUGUUCUCCAGUGUUUUCCCAGUAUAAGAAGGAGCAUGACAGUCUAAUGAAGUGGCUGGAUGAGGCUGAGCACCGUCUGUCAGGCCUGCAAGGUGUGGAAGAUGAACAAAAACUACAGGCAAUCCCUGUCCAGCAGAGGUUAAAAGGCCACUUUGCCGCAGGGGUUAGGACCUUGCCUUUUUCGGCUGAAUACUUGGUUGAAAUCAACAAAGUCUUGCUGGCCAUGGCUGAUGUUGAACUGCUGCUGAAUGCACCAGAGCUAAAUACUGGCAUCUAUGAGGAUUUUUCAACUCAGGAAGAUGCACUGAAGAACAUAAAAGAUAUUUUGGAUAAACUUGGGGAUCAAAUUGCAGUCAUACAUGAGAAGCAGCCUGAUGUUAUAUUAGAAGCAUCUGGACCUGAGGCGAUACAAAUAGGAGAUGCACUAACCCAGUUGAAUGCAGAAUGGGAUAGAAUUAAUAGAAUGUACAAUGAUCGUAAGUGUUGCUUUGAUAGAGCGAUUGAGGUAUGGAGACAGUUCCACUGUGAUCUCAAUGACCUCUCCCACUGGAUAACAGAAGCUGAAGCAUUACUAGCUGAUGCCCAUGGUCCAGAUGGCAGCCUGGAGCUGCAGGCAGCUGAGCUACAUCAGCAGGAACUUGAAGAGGGAGUCAGCAGCCAUCAGUCCAGUGUUUCAGCAUUGAACAGAACUGGGGAAGGGAUCAUACAGAAACUGUCUGCUACAGACGGGAGCUUUCUACAGGAGAAGCUGGCGGGAUUGAAUAGACGCUGGAAAGCAAUCACCGUGGAGGUCAUGGAUAGACAACAGAGGCUAAAAGGAGAGAAUCAGCAGCUGAUAGAAUACAGAAAGAAGCUUGAUGAGCUGCGUUGCUGGUUGGAAAAUGUAGAAAAUGCUCUGGACACGAGAUUUACGUUCAACCAUGAAGAAAACUUGCAAGAAUUACAGGCAAGAUUGAUUAGUGUGUCUUGUGCAAAGUAUCAGGAUGUGGCUUUUGGGGAGGGGAAUUUUCACAUUGCAAAUAGCCAAAGAAAUAUUAUGGAUGUGUGA